UAGCCCGCUGCGCCGGCUGCUCGUUGGUGCCUAUAAAUGGCUGCGCUGUGCUCAGCGAGGAAUCAGUCCGCUGUCGCGGGACCCGGGGUCGAGUCAGGGCUGGAGGUGGAGCUGGAGCUGACCGUGAAGGAGCUGCCGCUGGGCCGGCACUGUACCGGGGUCUCAAGGAGGGGUGUGUUGCUGCUGGCUCUCUGCGAGCCGCCUCCAGCCUGCGCCGAGGCUCCUUCCCGCCAGGCCGUCUGCCUCUGUCUUCCUCCUCCCUCCAUUUCCCCGGAAUCUCUGCCCGGCGCGCCUGGACCCUGGCUCUCCUCUGGGUGGGAAAGCCCCAGCCUUUUUCCUGCUUUACUCCUUUCCCAGCCUGGCCUUCCAGCCUUGUCUCUCCCUUUUCUGGAGUGGGUCUUAGCCUUUUCGGUCCUUAGCACGGGCUUCUACCUCUUCCCUUUAGCCGAGUUCCAGCACCGUGGUGAUUUUCCUUAGUCCAAGGUCCCAACCUUCCUUCCUCCUUUCCCUUGCCGGUGGUCCCGCGAAUCCUGGCCCUUCCUCUUUCUUUAGGACGCAGUUUCCCCGGUUUCCUUCUCUCAGCCUGGAGUUCUAGAUCUUUUGGGUUUCCUCCCUGGUCCCUCCAAGGUACUUGUCCCCCUUUUGCAGUUUGGACUUUCAGAUUGUGAAUCUCUAGAAAACGAAAAUACCUCUCUAAGACAUGAACUCUUAGAGACUGCUCCAGCCUCACCCAACCGGCGUACUCCUUGCUACUUAUGUCCCAGGUCUUACACUUUACUUCGCUAAGGGCCGAGGCCUCCUAGACUUGAGGGAGCAGCAUGAUGCUUCGGUGGUCCGGCCUCUGGGGACUUUCUCCACCCCGGAUCUUCCCGUCCUUGCUGGUGGUGGUUGCCUUGGUGGGGCUGCUACCUGUUCUCAGGAGCCAUGGCCUCCAGCCCAGCCCUACCGCCAGCACCAUUAGAGGUUCUGAACCACCGCGGGAACGCUCAAUCGGGGAUGUCACCACUGCUCCCUCAGAGCCUCUCCACCGCCCGGACGACCGCAAUUUGACCAGUUUAGUCAUUGAACAUGGCCUUAAGCCACUUCGCAAGGCCUUUCCGGUCCUGGACAUUGACUACUUACACGUGCGCACACCUUUCGAGAUCUCCCUCUGGAUCCUGCUGGCCUGCCUCAUGAAGAUAGGUUUCCAUGUGAUCCCCACCAUCUCCAGCAUCGUCCCGGAGAGCUGCCUGCUGAUCGUGGUGGGGCUGCUGGUGGGGGGCCUGAUCAAGGGCGUUGGCGAGACACCCCCAUUCCUGCAGUCAGACGUCUUCUUCCUCUUCCUGCUGCCACCCAUCAUCCUGGACGCAGGCUACUUCCUGCCACUGCGGCAGUUCACAGAGAACCUGGGCACCAUUCUGAUCUUUGCUGUGGUGGGCACGCUGUGGAACGCUUUCUUCCUGGGUGGCCUCCUGUAUGCCGUGUGCCUGGUGGGCGGUGAGCAGAUCAACAACAUUGGUCUGCUGGACACCCUGCUCUUCGGCAGCAUCAUCUCCGCCGUGGACCCAGUGGCCGUGCUGGCUGUCUUCGAGGAGAUCCACAUCAACGAACUUCUACACAUCCUGGUCUUCGGGGAGUCCCUGCUCAAUGACGCCGUCACUGUGGUCCUCUAUCACCUCUUUGAGGAGUUCGCCAGCUAUGAAUCUGUGGGCAUCUCAGACAUCUUCCUCGGCUUCCUGAGCUUCUUCGUAGUGGCCCUCGGUGGGGUGUUUGUGGGUGUGGUCUACGGGGUCAUCGCGGCCUUCACCUCAAGGUUCACCUCCCACAUCCGGGUCAUCGAGCCGCUCUUCGUCUUCCUCUACAGCUACAUGGCUUACCUGUCAGCUGAGCUCUUCCACCUGUCAGGAAUCAUGGCACUCAUCGCCUCAGGAGUGGUGAUGCGCCCCUAUGUGGAGGCCAACAUCUCCCACAAGUCACACACCACCAUCAAGUACUUCCUAAAGAUGUGGAGCAGCGUCAGUGAGACCCUCAUCUUCAUCUUCCUUGGCGUCUCCACAGUGGCUGGCUCCCACCAGUGGAACUGGACCUUUGUCAUCAGCACCCUGCUCUUCUGCCUCAUCGCCCGGGUACUGGGUGUGCUGGGCCUGACCUGGUUCAUCAACAAGUUCCGCAUUGUCAAGCUGACCCCCAAGGACCAGUUCAUCAUCGCCUACGGGGGCCUACGAGGGGCCAUCGCCUUCUCCCUGGGCUAUCUCCUGGACAAGAAGCACUUCCCCAUGUGUGACCUGUUUCUCACUGCCAUCAUCACUGUCAUCUUCUUCACAGUCUUUGUGCAGGGUAUGACCAUCCGGCCCCUGGUAGACCUGUUGGCUGUGAAGAAAAAGCAAGAAACAAAGCGUUCCAUCAACGAAGAGAUCCACACACAGUUCCUGGACCACCUUCUGACAGGCAUCGAGGACAUCUGUGGUCACUACGGCCACCAUCACUGGAAGGACAAGCUCAACCGCUUUAAUAAGAAGUACGUGAAGAAGUGUCUGAUAGCUGGGGAGCGCUCCAAAGAGCCCCAGCUCAUCGCCUUCUACCACAAGAUGGAGAUGAAGCAGGCCAUCGAGCUGGUGGAAAGUGGAGGCAUGGGCAAGAUCCCAUCCGCCGUCUCAACUGUCUCCAUGCAGAACAUCCACCCCAAGUCUGCGACUUCAGAGCGCAUCUUGCCGGCACUGUCCAAGGACAAGGAGGAGGAGAUCCGUAAGAUCCUGAGGAGCAACCUGCAGAAGACCCGGCAGCGGCUGCGGUCCUAUAACAGACACACGCUGGUGGCCGACCCCUACGAGGAAGCCUGGAAUCAGAUGCUGCUCCGAAGGCAGAAGGCCCGCCAGCUGGAACAGAAGAUCACCAACUACCUGACGGUGCCGGCCCACAAGCUCGACUCACCCACCAUGUCGCGGGCCCGCAUAGGCUCAGACCCGCUGGCCUAUGAGCCCAAAGCCGAUCUGCCUGUUAUCACCAUCGACCCAGCCUCCCCACAGUCCCCCGAGUCUGUGGACCUGGUGAAUGAGGAGUUGAAGGGCAAAGUCCUAGGGCUAAACCGGGAUCCAACAAGGGUGACUCCGGAGGAAGAGGAAGAUGAUGAUGGCAUCAUUAUGAUGCGGAGCAAUGAGCCCUCAUCUGCAGGCACUGACGAUGUCUUUACCCCUGGACCCAGUGACAGCCCCAGCUCCCAGAGAAUACAACGCUGCCUCAGUGACCCAGGCCCUCACCCUGAGCCUGGGGAGGGAGAGCCUUUCAUUCCCAAAGGGCAGUAGAGCCAGCCCGGUGGGUAUCCCAUAGACUUUCCCAACAAGAGUGGGGGCUGGGAGCUCCCCUUGCCUCCUGACCUGGAUUGGGUCAGCCCCCUUUCCUACGCAUGGCAGCUGGGCCCACGGCCCCCACUGCAGCACGGCUUGCUCCUGCCUCCUGGGAAGUGUCCUCCUCCACCAGAACUGCCUUCCCAGUCCAUUUGGCAGAACAGCUGGGCUACUGAGGCAGGCCCUGCCCCAUCUUUAGAUCCAGGCUUAUCCAUACUGGAACUAGGGCUUCUCCAGGCCCUCCCUUCCCUCCAGCCCCCUCCUCAUCCAGACCAACUUUCCAUCUUUGAUCAUCAUUUCUAACCAAAGAGCCACUGGCUCCACUGUGGUCCAGGAAAGGAGGGAGCCGAACCUUCCUUGGCCUUGACUGCGCCCUCCUAUAUCAGAGGAUAGCGGGCAUGUGUCUGGGAGACAAAUGGGUGACCCAUGGCAAACCCACACUACUCCUGCCAGCCGUGGUACCCUGGCCAGUCACUUGAGCUGUCCUCACUCAGAGCUGCGGGCUGAGGGCAUCUCUGAGCUUCUGCAGGAACCGGGGGGCACUUUCAACAGUGAAGUGGCUUGGUGACGAGGGCCACUGGGCCUUUCUGGGGCUGCUAAGGCGGGGGGGGGGAGGGGGACUGUCCAAGGCUCCAGAAAGUGCUUUUUACAUUUUGUUUAUUUGCACCUUCACACCUUCACGUAAGUAUGAUUCUGUUCGCACAGAGGCAUUCCUGUUUUUAGACCCUUUGAAACCCCCAUGCCAGUCAGAGCCUCACCCCUGCCCCUCCUCCUGUCUAACACCUUCCCUUAAAUUGAACCUCUGCCGGCUGGGCUCCUGCCCAGGGCACUGAUUCAGAUGUGGCCCUGCCCAACUUGUCGUGAUUCAAGCUCAUGAGCAAGGGGCCCCCUGGCACCCACCUGACUCUUGGCCUGCUUUCACCUCUGUUGACCUGCUCUACCACCACCCCUUAUCCAGACCACUCUCUCACCUGCGUACCCAGCUUGCAGUGAAGCCCAGCCCCGGAGAAUAAGGCUUCCCCUGAGGUGUCCUCUCCUGGCCAGGGCUGCUCGAGUAGACAGUACUGGACCCCUAGAGGCCUUUGCUCCCAGGCAGAUAGUCCCUACCGCCACCAUGGCUGGGCAAAAGGCCCGUGGGUGUCUCUCCAACCCUUGAGCACUCCCCAGGAUCGCGCAAUAGUCAGAGGGCUCCCUCCCAGGGGCUGGGGCCGUGGGUGCUUGGCCCAGCUGUCUCCUCUCCAUGCAAGUGCUGUUUUGGGCAGGAGCUGCCAUGCAAGGUGAUAUUGACGACAACCAUGUACAAAGCCACCGCAGCUGCUGCCGCUCUGCCGCCUGUACAAAGAAACUGAACCUUUUUCAUACUCUAAUAAAUCAACGUGAGUUUUUGGUAAGA